AUGGCGCAGCCAGGGGACCCUACAGAGCACCCAGAGGAUACCUCGGCUAUGGCCUCCACCAACAGCGACAUGGAGGACGAGCUAGUGCGCCUGUCGUCCCACGCGGCGGUCGCAUGGAUUGGCCGGCAUCGCCCAAAGGUCGAGCCCGGGGUAGUCAAGAAGGCCAUCUACUCCAAGUUAGGGAUGCUGCCGGAGGACGUCUCCGUCGUCAAGCACCACCCAAAAGACUUCUACAUCGACUUCACCCAUCGCCACCACCGCGACGAGGCGGUGAACCAGGAGAUGCUCCCCCAUGGCAACCUGGACAUCCACAUCAGGCCAUGGCGGCUGCUCACGCACGGCGACUUCUGCAGCCUCCAAUACCACGUCAAGCUCUGCUUGGAGGGCAUCCCCUUGCACACCUGGAAUGAGAGCAUCGCCAAGAGAGCCGUCGCUCGCGCCUGCGACCUGGACUACGUCGAGAAGUCGUCGCUGGACAGAAAGGACACCAGGGCCCUCGGUCUCUGGGCCUGGACGUGCAACCCUUCAGCGAUCCCCAAGGUAACGUGGCUCACAUUGUCUGGCAGCAGGGCAGAGUUCUUCAACAGGGUUGCGCCGCCGCCUGCCCGAGGACGCCACGCCCUCACUUUCAGGGUGCUUGUGCACCUGGACCGGGUGGACCCACCGGGGAGUGAUGGCCGCAUCACGCCUCGCCGCUACACGUGGUACUAUGGCAUCGUCGACGGAGAAAGGGUGCCACGAGACCGCCACGACCGGCCGUCCGCGAACCGCUUCAACUCUCGCCGCGACGACGACGACGAUGACCGCCGUGAUGAUGAAGACGACCGACACGGCCGCCGUGAGCGAAAGGAUGACAGCUGGAGCUCGCGACUCUUCCGCAGCAUCUCGCGGGCUCCCAGGGAGAGGGAGCACGAGUGGUCCGAGUCGCGGCACGGACGCCGUCGCGACGGCACCUCUGCCCACGGGUCUCGACACCGUCAACACAACGACAGCGUGGCUGCCAUGGAGGAUACGCCGCACCAACCAGCUACAACGCCCCCACGCUCCAGCGACUCCAAGCCUGUCCAGGGCCCUUCACCGACGCGGGAGGCCCUGGAAAAUGCCGCAACAGCGCCGGAGCCACUGCAGGUCGUUGAUGGAAGCGUGCAUCACCGCUUCAUCCCAGGGCGGGUCUACUCCAGGCGCCCCCGCCGCGACAAAGAGCCCCCUGCUGCAGAUACAAUGCAGCCACCAGCGAACAAGGCUGCACAACGCUUCAAGCCCGGCCUCGUGUACUCCAGGCGUAGGGCCCGCGGACCAGGCAACGCCAGGGCACGACGGGGUUGCGCGUCCUCCAGGUCGGCAGCCACGUCUCCAACUCAGAUGGCUGCUGCUGCAACAACCAUUGACGGGCGGGGGGGAGCGUGUGACGCAGACCAUGCGGCGUCUGCAUCCAUCGACACCAUCUCACUCACGCUGCCCCCACCCCUGCUCCAGCCGCCCCGGCGCAAGAAUGAGCAGCCGCAACGGCGCAAGAGGUGUCCAGCCCACCCAAUGCGGAAGAGUGUCUGCAUUGCAGCCAGGAACUGGCCCAAAGGCGACACCCACACUCGAGCCCGCCAAGUCCUCAUGAAGAAGCUUGGCAUCAUGGAGGAAGAGGGUCUCACCCCUGAUGAUCAUUUCCUGCGCUACAUCGACCUCUUCAGGGGCCCGCUCGACGGUCCAGCAGUCAUGGCCUUAACGGGCCUGUCCGGCCUCGACACUGCUAUGCCAGCGGCCGCUGCCAAGGACUAG